AUGAGUCAUCCAUAUGGAACUUUACAAGUAACAAUUGUUGAAGGUCGCCAAUUAAAAAACAAAGAUAUUAUUGGUGAAAAUGAUGCUUAUGUUGAAGUUUAUUUCGAUAAAGAUCAUAAACAACGAACAAAAAUAGUUAACAAUUCAAAUAAUCCGACAUGGAAUGAAACAUUUACUUUUAAUUUGCAAAAAGAUCAAGAUGAGCUACACAUAGAUGCUUAUGAUGACGAUAUAAUUGGGCGAGAUUUGAUUGGUUCCUCGAAAAUCAGUCUACAGAAGCAUGUUUUUGGUAAAGGUCAUCUUGAUAUAUGGUUGAAUUUUUCAGUUGGUAUAGGUCGCAGUACAAACGGAUCAAUUCAUGUUAUUGUAGAACAUCGUAAAUAA